AUUCAACUACAGAGUUACUCUUCACAUAAAUCACAUCCUCAAGAUUUGGGUAAGUGUACGGGAGUUUUGGGGAGACAAGAUUUUUCCCACGAAAGACUGGAAAUAUUACAUAAGAAUAUCAGCUACAGCCAUUACAUUAUCAGUUUUUAUGUCGUCAGUAAUCUGGACACAAUAUUAAUAUUGAAAUUUCAAUCUUUGGAUGUCAGGGGAGAUUUUUUAUCAGUUUUGGGGAAAUUUCGUGGGAGGUACUACAUAAUAUUUUAAGUAAAUGCGACAAAAACCCAGGAUAUUUACCUAGUUUUUGGAUUUUCUCCUAAAAUUUCGAGUUAUUUUUGCGAAAUCCUCAAAAGCUUUGGGGAAAAUCUGAGUUUUCCCCAAUAUCGAAUUUCAUACAUUUGUAUAAAAUUCCUCCCAAUCAAAAAUCGUAUGUGAUUGGAUUGCUGUCAUUUCGAAAGUCCCAAUGAAGAACUUUUAGUUACGUGUUUUUUUGCAAAUAAAUCCAAUCUCCCAAUUGCAUGAAAAUUAUUAGGAAUUGUGGGUUUUUCCUCAAACUCACAAAAAUUCGUAUUUUCGGGUUUGUUGCAUUUCCUCAAAAUUUUCUAUUGUGGCUUCCCCAAAACACAAAAUUUUCCAAAUAAUUGGGAGAUUGUAAAUAAAUGUGUUCUCACUUCACAAAAUACACUAACUGACGCCAAAGCACUUAACUUACUUCACAUCUGUUAACAGUGCACUUAAAGGAAACAGGUUCAGAACUGAUGUCAAGCUGUUGAUCCAUGUUCGUCAAAAACGAUGGCAUUACUGCGACUUUUUCAAGGAAUGUUUCUGCUUCAUAUCAUUGUGUUCAUCUUCAUGUGAGUCUUGUUUUUGGACCAAAGUACAUUACUUAUUUGUUCACUCACUAGUUCAAACCAAAAACGUUGGUUGCAUCAUAUACUGUUGAGCUCCAACUAUGAUUACAGAUAAGCGGUCGAACCAACAUUAUCUUAAAGAUCGCUGCUCUAGUUGUCCACCUAUAUGCAUUCGUGAUUAUUAGUCACUUAAAUUACAAAUGAAGUGUAUUUAACAUCCUUUUAGACAAACGGUAUGUAUACUUUUGGACAGUGAGAAUAGUCUUCAUAUUUUCCACAAAUAUAGUUCAGAGUUUGUCAAUGGAAACUAUGUGACUUUCACUAUCCUGUGACUUGAUAUUUGUUCCUGUUUAUAUGAACCAACUUAUUUAUUGUCCUUUAUGUUAUCCUAAUAUUCUUAUACACGUCCGUUUACUUUUAGGAAAGGCUGAUGCGCUUGAAUUUGUGUCCGUGUUAUUUUCGUUUGUUUCGCAGUUCAUGUGUACAACCCCAUAGACUACUUAGUACUAAACAAAGUUUACAACCAACUGCUGAAAAUCCAACCUCUAGUUGGGUUUCUAUUGGUGGACAUUCUACUGUCAAAGAUUCUUGGUAUAACUUAACUCCCCAUAUAAUUGAACUUACAAAGAGGUCACUGCAUAACCAACAACAUCAUCCUUUAAAUUUGAUUAAACAACGUAUCGUGGACUUCAUGUUUAAGCGUCAUGUUCGUCAUGUGUGCAAUAAUAAUCAAGGUGGUACACCACUAUUCAGCCUAUAUGAUCAUCUAUCACCAGUGGUAACAGUACGAAAUAACUUCGACAGUUUAUUUAUUCCACCAGAUCAUCCAAGUCGAUUGCGUACAGAUACAUAUUAUUUAAAUGAAACAACUGUAUUACGUAGUCAUACAUCAGCGCAUCAAUUAGAUUUAAUCAAUUCCGGUUUAAAUGCUUUUCUUGUUGCUGGUGAUGUUUAUCGACGUGACGAUAUUGAUUCACUGCAUUAUCCUGUCUUUCAUCAAUUAGAAGGUGUUCGACUGUUUACAUCGGAUGAAUUAUUUAGAAAUGCUACUGAUCCUUUUCAAUGUUUUCGGCUGUUUGAAGACAUCCCAUCGUCUUCACCAUAUAUUGAACCAGAUGUUCAUCCAUUCAAGGUGUUUCCAUCAUAUAUGCUUCCGCCUGACAGACAAAUUAGUCAUACGACAGAGACUAAAAUGCUACUAGAAUUUGAAUUGAAAACCCUCCUACAGGAAAUGGCUAAAUUUUUGUUUGGUCCAGACAUACAACUACGUUGGGUUAGUGCUUACUUCCCAUUUACACAUCCAUCAUGGGAAUUAGAAAUCAAAACAAAUUCUGGCUACUCUAACUAUGAUGACAAUUCUGAUAGUGAAAAGCCUGAAGAAUGGACUGAAAUGUUGGGAUGUGGUAUAAUGCGACAAGAAUUACUAGAACGUUCUGGAAUACCUAAUAAAGUUGGUUAUGCUUUUGGUCUUGGUUUAGAACGUUGGGCUAUGCAGUUAUACGAAAUACCAGAUAUUCGAUUAUUUUGGUCAAAAGAUGAAGGAUUUUUGAAUCAGUUUAUAACUGAUGAUAUUCAUGCACCAAUCAAAUAUAAGCCAGUCAGUAUAUUUCCUCCAUGUGUAUUGGAUCUUUCAUUUUGGUUAAACAACUCUCAAUCAAUAUCAUCAUCUUUGUCUUCCAAUCCUGAUGGAUUAGAUAGAAUUAAGAUAGUUGAACGGGAUAUUUUCGAUAUUGUACGUUCCGAAGCUGGUGAUCUCAUAGAACAGAUUCGUUUGGUCGAUUCAUACAAUGAUCCUAAAACCGGACAACAAAGUCUUUGCUAUCGUUUUAUCUAUCGAGAUCAACAUAAAACUUUGACAGUGGAUGACGUUCGGCCAUUACAUGAGAAUAUUGCUCAAGUUUUAGCUGAAAAAUUAAAUCUUUCUAUUCGAUAAUAUUUUUCUUGCUAAAUAUCAAACCGUUAUUAACAUGAAUACACUAUUUCCAAACAUCAUUUCCUACUUGAUAUCUUUGUGUACAUAUUCUUCAUCUUGUUACAUGCAUAUUUAUAUCGUUUGUUCUUCCAUAAAAUCAACUUUUCAAAUGAUAGAUUUUGUUUUUUGUUCAAUAUUUUUUCUUUGUCGAAGAAAAAAAAUUAAAUGCAUUGAUCACCGACUG